UGUUAGUUUUCUCUAUGUAUUGUUUAUUCUGUUAAUUAUUAUCAGCCAAACAAAAGUGUUGUUCACUUGUCUGCAAUAUUUACAUAGAUAUAAGUGAAUCAUAUUUUGCUUAAUUAAUUAUGACAUCCGAGGGUCGAAGAAGUGAAGUAAUACUAUUGGAUGGGAGACGAGUUGAGCUAAUUAUACAGCCGAAACUAUUUGCGGGCGAUUUGUUUGAUAUCGUGUCCUCGCAUUUCAAUCUCAAAGAGAAGGAAUACUUCGGAUUAGCCUUUUUGGACGAGACAUGCCAGUAUUCAUGGCUUAAUUUAGAUAAGAGAGUCUUAGAGCACGAAUACGCCAAAAAACACACUCACGAAAAGCUUAUAUUACACUUCUUGGUUAAGUAA